UUUCAAUUAUUUCCGUUCAUGCUAGUGGGCUCGCUACUGUCACGUGCAAUGAAAGGAAAGUGGAUUUGAUGUUACUUAUAUUAUGAAUCCGGCAAAGAAAUUCAAAGGAAAAAACUUGCAAACUAAACCAGCUCUGUCCAACAGACAAUGGCAAGUGACAGAUUUAGUACAGCCUCAGUUUAACUCAAGCUACAGCACAGAAGAAUUCCUGCGCGCAGCGGCGGACGCAUGGUCUUUGACAGAGAGACAGGAUAAACAAGUCCAAGUAGCAGGAACCAAAUGUCUUGUGUAUAAAAAUCCAUUCAACUGUUGUCAGCUCAGAAAUUUUGUUGAAGAUGACAGUUUUCUUCAUCAACUUAAACAUGAGCUCUUAUCGCUGAAUUUCCAUGAUAAAAGCAAUGAUUUGUACAAGUUCCGCCAGUCUCAAGAUCUCAAGAAAGUUACCACUGCAGCUGUAUCAGCAUUGAAGAAAUUCCUUUACUCAGAUUUCAGGCAGUGGCUUAUCCAAGUUACCGGAAUUGAGUUAAAUGCAACAAUGGAUAUGAGUUGUGCCCAAUACAACCAUACAGAUGUCUUGCUUUGCCAUGAUGAUGAACUGGAAGGUAGACGAAUUGCUUACAUUCUGUACUUGGUUGAUGAAGAUUGGAACCUGGCGGAUGGAGGGAACUUGGAUUUGUACAGUGUGGAUGACAGCAAGCAACCAGACAAGAUAGUCACUUCUUUGGUACCCAUUUGGAACAGCCUAGCUUUCUUUGCUGUCACACCAACAUCAUUCCAUCAGGUGUCUGAAGUAUUAGCAGCAGGUAGUAACAAAUGCCGCUUAUCUGUAAGUGGCUGGUUUCAUGGAAAGCCCUUCAAACGACCUCCUCCAUUUGUCGAACCUGUUAAACAUUUAUCGAAACCAGAAGAUAUGGACGAAGAUGACUUUUACACGUGGAUAAGUGCAGCGUAUCUUGACCCUUCGACACAAGGAGACGUGCAGUCGACUUUUAGCGAAAAGUCUGAAAUCCAGUUACAAGAGUUCAUUCAACCUGACAAGUACGGACAACUAUGCGAGGCUCUGCACUCAUUGGAUGUGUCUAGUUGGAUAACGCAAGGUCCAGCCAACAAACGCCAUUACGAAAUCACUGAAUCUACCUCAGCAACUAUGUUGAAUGAAACCAGAAAGUUUUUCCAGUCAGAGGCUUUCUUUUUGGUGCUAUCAAAUCUCACGGGCUUAAAAUUGCAUCGACUGGCGUCAACGCCCAGCAGUAGUGAAAACGAAAGUUCAUCUGAUGAAAAGCCGAGUAAUGGAACGUCGAAAUCUAAAAAGGGGUCAUCGAAUGAUAUCGACCCUUGUUGCAGACUUCAGGUUUCACGCUGGCAAACCGGUUGCUAUACCAUGUUAAGCGAUGAGGAUGCUCACGGCAGUGAAUACGCCCUAGAUGUUUGGUUCUUUUUGUCGGCAGACCAUUGGCAAUUGGCUCACGGUGGACAAGUUUCUUACAUCGCCAGAGGGGAAGAUGAAGAGUUACUCACAAUUUGCCCAUCAAAUAACUGUCUGGCCCUUGUCUAUCGGGAUCAGGACACGAUGCGUUUCGUGAAACAUAUAAACUCCCUCAGUGGCGAUCUUAAACAUUUCACCAUCAACGGAGUUUAUUAUGACAGACCACCUAAUAGAGAAUGACGCUUUGCUUUCGAAGUUUGAGGCAAAUACAUUUCUUCCAUGCAA